AUGAAUUGCUGGAGACGACACAGUUGGGUUCAUCCCACCUUGCUGCUUUGCUCUUAUGGAUUUUUUUCAAUGAUGAGACCCUCAGAACCGUUUCUUACACCCUACCUGACGGGACCUUAUAAAAACCUCACAGUAAACCAGGUUUCCAGACAAGUGUACCCAGUAUGGACCUACUCCAAUUUUGUAAUCCUAGUCCCAAUUUUUUUAGUGACUGACUAUUUGAGAUAUAAACCAGUUAUUGUCCUCCAAGGCCUUGGCUACAUCAUCACUUGGCUCCUGCUCCUGUUCGCUCCUGGGGUGCUGGCGAUGCAGUUCAUGCAGUUCACCUAUGGGGUUGUGACCGCCUCCGAGGUCGGCUAUUACUCCUACAUCUACAGUGUGGUUAGUCUGGAAUACUACACAAAGGUCACAAGUUACUGCCGGAGUGUCACUUUGGUGGGUUACACCAUCGGUUCUGUUUUAGGGCAGCUUCUUGUGUCUCUGGCCAAAGUGUCUUAUUAUGAUCUUAACAUAAUCUCACUUGUAUCUGUCACCAUAGCCUUUUUUAUUUCAUUUUGGCUCCCUAUGCCUCAAAGGAGUCUGUUUUUUCAUAAAAGUGUCACAAGCCUCAAGACAGCUGACUCAAAACAGACAGGUGAACUUCCAAAUGACCGCAACAAAGCCAACAUCACUGCAGAUAGCAAUCGAGGGAUUGGUGACUUUCUACUCAAACGAGCCCUGCAGCUCUGGGCCGACUUUAAGAUAUGCUACUCUUCAGCGGUUCUGCUUUAUUAUUCCCUGUGGUGGGCUCUGGCCACUUGUGGCUAUUAUCAAGUUGCAAAUUAUGUGCAGGUGUUGUGGAAAGAUAAAGAACCAGACAGAAAUGUCACAGUGUACAAUGGGGCAGUUGAAGCAGUGGCAACUUUGACAGGUGCAGCUUCCUCAUUCAUCAUAGGCCAUGUGAAGAUUGAUUGGUCCACCUGGGGGGAGUUUGCCUUGGGUUUGUUUUCUGUCGUGGAUGCUGCGUCCUUGUAUGUUAUGCAAGUCACCACAAACAUUUGGAUCUGCUAUGCCGGAUAUGUGGUCUUUAAAUCAUCAUAUAUGCAGCUAAUAACAAUUUGCACCUUUCAGAUUGCGACCAACAUUAGCAUGGAACGCUAUGCAUUAAUGUUUGGAAUCAACAACUUUGUGGCAUUGACUCUUCAGACGAUACUGACGGCAGUGGUGAUCGACACAAACAGCAUCCAUUUAAGCAUCACUCAGCAAUAUUUCAUCUAUGGCUGUUUCUUUUCCACUAUUGCUGCAGUCUUCUUAAUAAGAGGGAUUUAUAUACUGAUCAAUAAAAAAUGUGUCUGCCAAAGAACUGAUAUAAACAACAAUAUCAUCGCAAUUGUCACUGAGUCGACACAAAUCACCAGUCUGUGA